CUGAGGGGGCUCUGUCGGACUACAAUCCCAGGAUGCAGUGUGCGGCUUGGUUGCCAGGACUCGGGGAAGUUGAUGGCCGCUGAGAUUGGAGGGAGUAGCGGCGGGGAUCUGUAUGUGGGGAACACGGAGGAGGCUGGACGUGGGACACCUGAACCAACUAUGUGAUGUGCACCGGGAGAAUCGCUGCAUAGUCUAUUCUUCCACAUGACACCCGAAGAGAUCCCUAGUGAAGACUGUUAAAUCAUGGCGCUCGGAAGCACCUGCACUAUCUCAAGCACAGAACUAUUUUGCACUACUCAGCUAGAGGCCUUAUUCCAAGAUGCUGGACAAGAUGGGUCAUGCUAGGCUUGACUGCCACCCAGAGAAGAUAGUGAAUGCUGGAAAAUAGACUCUUUCUAUACCACCCCCCUCUGACAUCUAAGCAUGGCAAGUGAGGUAAUGAACGGCGUUGUUGUCAACUCUGAUCUUCACCAACCUGACAGUGACUUUCUGACAUCUAUGAAGUCUAUGCCGAUUUCUGCAGUAAAGCAGAACAGUGUGUUGCAAACUCUGGUGAGCAAAGGAGAGGAACUGAACACAGAGAUUGAAAAUGAAGAUUUGCUUAAAGCAGAGCAGGAAUGGGACGAACUUGAAAAUAUACAGACAGGGCUGUACUGUGAAAAAUCAGGACUUUUGAGUGACCUUCCAGGACAAACGCCUUUGAUCUCCUUCAAUGAAGCAUUGCAAUAUUUCCAGACAGCAGACCUAUCUGAGUACAUGAAAAGGAUCCAGCCCACAGUGCGGCGCACUGGCCUCUCCGCAAUCACGCACCUUCUGUUCGGACCACCGCGGCUUCAUAGAGACCUCCACGCAGAGAGAGACUUAGUGCUGGCAAUCGCACAGUGUCCACUGGACAGCAGUCAGCAAGUUCAUGUUCGAGUCCUGCAGACCAUAUACAAGAAGAUGACAGGCGCCCGCUUUGACUGCCCUUUAUAUGGAUCACACUGGGAGCAAUUAGGAUUCCAAGGUAUGGAUCCUGGAACAGACUUAAGAGCUGCAGGUCUGCUCGGUCUUAUGCAUCCUCUGUACAUGGUGAUGGAGCCAAAAACACUGCCCCUGGCACAUGAUAUCUUCCGGCUGUCACAGCACCACACACAGAAUUUUCCCUUCUGUAUAAUGUCCAUAAACAUCACCAGGAUAUGUAUACAGACCCUGAGAGAAGAGCGGGUGUCCAGGGAGUGCAACCGGAGACAACAAGUCUUUGCUGUACUGAAUGAUCUCUAUGUGGCCAUUUUCUACCACCUCUACCAUGUGUGGAAGACACAGAACAAAACCAUCAGUGACUCCGGCUUCAUCCUCAAAGAACUUGAGACAUUUGCCAAGAGAAAGCCUAAAGAUCUUUUACGCCAGCUGGAGGCAUAUAUCAAAGAGCGCCCUUUGCCCAAAGAUCUACCUCUGGAAAUCUGGGCCCAGCACUCCUCGGAGCAGCGGAUCUCCAGCCAUGAGGGCAGUAACGGACAGGCUGGGGGGAUGUGUUUCACCGGGGUGUGUGAGCAACAGGUGCAGGAGGACCGUCUCAUUUGAAGCCAACUCUGAGCAUGCUGGAGGCAUGAGGGUGUAUGUGAUCACCAAUGUUGGCUAUGUGAGCCACGCGCCAUCCAUGUUGUGCAUUGGGUGUGACUGCCAGGAAUGUGGACUGCAGAUUAAAAGCACCAUUUGUGUACUGCUUAAAUAGAGCCUAGUUUUAUAGCUCAUGUGUACCACAUGUAAAACCUAAGCUGCAGAUCACGUCUGAUGUGACUAACGUUAUAUGCUCAGGGCAUAUCACCCAGGCUGAUUCCAGUAUGGAAACAACACUUGGGCACAAAGAAAACAGCAAGAAUGCCAGCAUAUAAUAUAGAAGCUGGAGAUCAGUAGCAAUGCUAAUAGUGUAGUCAGCAAAGGCUAAUAUGAAAGUGGUGGUAUUAGCUCAAGCAGUGAAUAGUAAUACUGAGGCCAUUUACAAUACAUUAACCAGUGACCAUGCAUGUCAUACUACCAUGUGUGCUGGCAUUCCUGGGGUAUGGUGCAUGCUGUAGCCAAGCUAUUCAGGUAGAGGGUUGUAGAUGGCAACACUUCCAUUGCUUCCUGUUACAGAAUGGCACAAACCACUCAAAAGAUGAUUGGUGGAGGUGGUACUUUUUCAUUUUACUGAACUCUAAUUCUAAGCUACCCACGUUUUCUUGUCUGUAAGCUCUAAGCAAUAGGCAUCUGUGAGAGCUGUAGUUAAGAAUCCUAUAACAGUCGGAAUGUAAGCUUGAUUAAGGACACAGUACUCUAGGGUAUCAGCUAGGUGCUCCCUCCUCUGUGUCUAGGGUAUCGGCUAGGUGCUCCCUCCUCUGUGUCUAGGGUAUCGGCUAGGUGCUCCCUCCUCUGUGUCUAGGGUAUCGGCUAGGUGCUCGCGCCUCUGUGUCUAGGGUAUCAACUAGGUGCACCCUUUUCUGUAUCUAGGGUAUCAGCUAGGUGCACCCUUUUCUGUAUCUAUGGUAUCAGCAAGGUGCACCCUUUCCUGUAUCUAGGGUAUCAGCUAGGUGCACCCUCCUCUGUGUCUAAGGUAUCAGUUAGGUGCCCCCUCUUCUGUGUCUAGGGUAUUGGCUAAGUGCCCCCUCUUCUAUACAGCAUAACAUGUACAAAGUGGGGUGGCGCAGCUUCAUUAAAGCAAACCUGUCAUUACAAAAAAGUGCAGAGUAAGCCUCAGUCACACUUGCAGCACAUACCUACAAAUGUUUAGUGUACCUAAACAUGCAUUUCACAUGCUAACUGAUGAUGUCAUGCUUUAGUGCAGAAUGCAUUUACCUAUGUUGUGCAAAGAAGCCAAAAAUGCAAUCUAAGUCUGGACAUGUAACACGGAUUGUUAUUAGCGGAUGGCGAUAAAAAUGAUUGUCCAGCAAAUCAUUCUCUGCAGGCAGUUUUUAAAACAUGUCAAUGCAUGCAAUGUGGUGAUAGUUGUGUGUGUAUAUAAUGUUAUGAAUAGCCAGCAGUAAUCUAAGAUGUCUGGCUCUGACAGUGCAGAUAAUUAAAAACAACAAGUUAUAUUAAAGCGGGGGUUCACCCUAUAAAC